AUGUCUUAUUACUAUUCCAAUGGGCCCAUAACCACUAAGAUUAUCACAGAUGAAACCUUUAGAGUACAUCAAGGGUUUGACAUGGCGUUGCUAGAUGACAUGACGAUGCCUCCCUCGAAUCUUCUGACUUUCGAAGUUGCGGGGCGCGAACCUUUCUUAGAUUUCAAAUCCACACUUGCUCGAAAGCUUGGGUACCCGCUUAACCAUUUUCGUGUUUGGGUGUUGUCUGCAUCGAGGCUGAGUCAAGGCUAUCGUGAAGAAGUAAAGAUCAUCCGGGUAAGCCGAGUGGUGCCAGAGGAUGACCCUGAACUAACAAUGGACAAGAUUCGCAAGAUGGGUUCAAAUACUCCAGGUCUCAUAUUAUAUGUUGAAGUGCUCGACCCGGAACGUGAGGCACUACCUGCUGGCCCUAAGGAAAACCAACGGAUGGUUUUCGUUAAGUAUUUUGAUGCAAUAAACCAAAAAUUAGACGGAGUUGGUCACUUCUAUGUCAAUCGGCGUGGAUCAGACUUGAAAGAAUUCGUCAGAACCCGCAAUAACCUUCACCCAAAUGCGCGCAUAGAUUUUUACAAGGAAAUAGGGCCUGGAGAGACCAAUAUUCGGAAGGAUUUCACAUCUGGCUACUCUGAGGAAGUACGCAAUGGGGAUAUAUUUUGCUUUCAAGUCGAACUUCCCGACCAAGCCAUUGCCGAGUUGCGAAGACAGAAACUAUGUGUUGAUCUCGAGGAAUUUUACAAAUUUUUGCAAAACCGCGUGUUGAUUACUUUCAAACCUCGCCAUGAUGCCAUGGCUACGACUAUCCAGUUCUCCUUAGUUUUGAGCGAGACUUUCACCUACGAUCAGAUGGCCCAACUAGUAUCAGCAAAACUGCAUCAUGAACCAGAAAAACUUCGAUUUACUAGCAGUCACGAAGGCAAUCCCCAGACCGUAAUCCUUCGGACGUCCCCCCGGAGUAACUCCUGGCGAUGUUCCCCGGAAACCAUAACUGUGGAUAAAAUGAUUAGGCCACCAGGCGCCGAUACGUCGAGCUACUCCAAGAGUAAACCGAAUAACGUCUUGUUUUAUGAACUGCUGGACCUGCCUACUGGCGAGGUUCAUCGUAAGCGUAUGGUGACAGUAACGUGGACUGGUGCUCAAAACCGGGAAGAGGGGAAAUAUUCGAUGUUGAUGCCGACGACUUGUUCGAUGCAUGAAGUAGCCAAUAAACUUUCGACAAUGGUCCAAUUUUCAAAAAACUCUUCCCGAAAGAUCAGGCUCUUCACGAUUCAAGAUGGCAAGGUUCAAACACCGUUUACAGGUGAAGAGCUUCUGUGGACCGUACUCGAUGUCGAGAACAUUUAUGCUGCAGAAGCCAGUACGAUGACGAUGAAACAGUACGACCCCUCAGCGAUGCUCAAGAUGCUUCAAUUUGUUGUCAAGCUAAAAGUGGAUGGAAGCAACUACCAACAGUGGCUAAAGGCGUUGGAGAGUGUUUUAGGAAUGGCUACGGGGAAGGCAGGAAUUCUGACUUUGCCGGGACACACGCUAAGCCCUUCAGAAGACCUCAUGAUCAAACAAGCGAUCAUGGCUUCAGUGGACGAUGCACUCGUGUUAACAGUUCUUGAAGCUGAAUCUGGAAUGCAGCUGCCGAUUCCAUUGUUUCUCUCGACUCCACCCUCGACGAAUUUCCCGACAAUGUCCAAGCGCCUCACGAUUCGAUUGAGCUACGAUAUCGUAAGUCCCUGGAGUUACUUUGCCUAUGUCGUCUUGAAGCGUUAUCGGCCAAUAUGGGAUUUCGAUCUCAUUCUUAAUCCAGUUUACCUGGGCGGCGUCAUGAAAGGCAGCAAAAAUACGCCCCCAUUCGCCGCACCCAAUAAACGUGAACAUUAUUAG